CACUGCACUUCCCGGCGGGCGUCUCCUCCACCUGCAAGUCAGGCCUGCUUGAAAUGAUGAUGAAAAACAAGCGCAGGAUGGGAGUCCAUGAGAAACAACGUCCUUGCAAGAAAGUAAUUAGGCCAACUUUAGAUGGUACCUCCUCAGCGAGAUCGGACAGCUCGAGGGAACCCAGUCCAGGCGCGUUGAGUCAACUCAGUGAGCAAGUAGUUUCAAGAUUGUGUAGGAGUGUUGUGUCGCUCGCCUCAUUCCAUGGUGAUACCAAGUUAGGGGAAUGCACAGGCAUAUGCAUCGAAACCUCAUGCCCUGAUGCUACAAGUUUCCUGACAUCGAGACUUUUGAUUCCACUUACUUGGCCUACAAGGGAGAUCACUGAAAAUUUGACGAUUGAAGUGCACCUUCCAAAUGGUCGGACUGUCACUGGCUGGAUAGAGCAUCCUGGGAGAUAUGUUGAUUUUUUAAUCGUCAAUGUCAAGGACUUGUCUGUAUUUGAUGUCGCGCGUGUAAGUCUUGAUUGUGACAUGCAGUUUGAACCUUAUAGGAAGGUAGCAGCUGUAUGGCGCAAUUUCAGUUCAGGACUUUUAGGGGCCACAAGCGGAGUAGAUCUUGCCUCUCUAAGCGCUCUAACCAGUGAGACAAUGUUCAGCACAUGCCAGAUCAACAAGGCUGGGAUUGGAGGCCCCCUUGUUGAUUUUGAUGGUAACUUUGUUGGGAUGAACUGCUCUCGUACCAGAAGGAAAAAGACCCCCUACGUGCGAAGGGAGCAAAUCCUUCAAUUCUUGGAGUAUUACAGGAUGGUCAGUGUUAGAGCUAAGGAAGAGACUGAUGAUGCUGAAGAACCCGGAAUCGAAAGUGAGAUGAAACAACUACUUUGCAGCAUUCCAGGAGGAUCUACAAAAUUCUUUGCUUGCACUGGUGUAUUUGUAAAGUGCAAUGCAUGCUCUGCAACAAUUCUGACUUCAGCAAGUUUGGUUAGAGUUUCUGGUGAUGCACACAGGAUUGAUGAUAACCUGAGGAUUGAAGUUUGCCUUCCAAACGAAUUUCGAGUCGUAGGGAUACUGAACCGUUAUAAUUUACAUUACAACGUUGGUCUUGUUGACAUCAUGGGGUACUGGGGCCCUCGUGAAAUACAAAUCAGCCGGCAUCAAGUUACCUCAUGUAACAAGGUAAUAGCUGUGGGUCGUCUUUUUACUUAUCACAAUAUAAUGGCUGCAAAGGGGAAGUUGUUGGCUGGCAAACGAAGCAAACUCGAUUGCAUAGAACUAUGCGUCUCCACCUGUAAAACCACCAAGGCUGGGAUUGGGGGCCCUCUUAUUGACACUGGUGGGAAUUUUCUUGGAAUGAACUUUUACCACGAGGAAGAAACUCCAUUCCUGCCGAGGGAUGUUAUUCACCGCCUCUUGUUGAACCUAAAUAAAGGAUGGACUAGGGCAGGUGAUACUAUUGUUGAGGGUGACGAAAAGAGAUGCCUGUUGCCUGGUCCAUGUUGGUCCCAUGGAGAUGCUGAUACUAUUGCCGAGGGUGGUGUAAACAAGUGGCCGUUGCCUGAGCCGUAUGUGCGCCCUGCUGAUAUACCUGAACCUACUACAUUGGAUUUCUACAAGCUGAUUAGGAUGCACUGUGCUUUUUAGUCCUGCUAGUGCUAGCAGUAUUGAUAAUGUGUUCUUGUUGGUUGGCUGUCUGACCUCCACUCCAACCUUUGUGUUGCUUGAGUUGUCGGAUCUUUUUGUUGCACAACGAAUGUGAAUCAAUCUUGUGUAAACAGUGAAGUAGAUCUUUAGAAAAACAGAUGGAAAUACCUUGUCCUCUCUUCAAUUAAUUCUAGUUGGCAUGCA